CUCACCAAACCCAAAAAGCACUUCCUCUUCUAUAUACAUACUACUUUCUUCCUGAUCUUCAUAUACAUACCUUGUUGUUUCAAUUAUAAAGACAUCAGUCAUGGACUACCUAAAUACAAAAACCUUCUUCCGUCCUGAUCAAAAUUAUCAGACAACCUCCUCCCACUUCUCUUUUCCAUUUGGGUUUGGGGUUGGAGAUAAUCAUGAGGUUUUGUCUCCUAAUUCUGUGGCUUAUGUUGAGAAUUACUUUCGCCCCAUGAUACGAGAGGAAGUGGAGGCAAAGAUUAAUGCUCGCUUUAACGUCUCUACCAAUUACCAAUCAUGUUCUAAUUCAAGUACUAGUAGGGAAGGAGUACUUGGUGAAGAUCGUGCAGUUGUUAUUGUUGGUGGAGGCCGAUUGAGAACGGAGAAUCAACAACAACUGAAGUUACGUUUCACGAACAAGGUUUCAUCCACCGUCUUCACCGUAAAUGACAUCGAAGCCGAGAAUGGGGAGGAGCUGCGUGUUGAAUUAUUUGAUGCUGUCAAUGAUCGCAUCAUUGACGCUACUCAUCCUUUGUCGUCGGCGUCGAUUGAGGUUGUUGUCCUCGAUGGAGAAUUCAACGACGGGGAAGCUAUAACUCAAUCGGAUUUCAACAGAAGUGUUGUGCCAGAAAGGCUGGGAGAACGACCUUUGUUGGUUGGUCGUGAUAAGAGGUUUCGUUUAGAAAAGGGAGUUUAUUCCAUCACCGAUUUGUCAUUCACUAGAAACUCAAGCAGGAGCAGGACUAAGAAGAUUUGUUUGGGACUAAGGGUUACACAGGACUCCAACAACAACUAUCCCACAAUUGGACACACCGUGUCUAAUCCUUUUAGAGUGAAGGAUCACCGAGGCCAACUGAACAAGAAACACCAUCCUCCAAAAGGAGAAGAUGAAGUAUGGAGAUUGGAAGGGAUUGGGCGAAAUGGCGAAUAUCACAAGCGUCUAACUUCCCAUACUAUCCUAAAUGUUGAUGACUUUUUGAAGGCGUAUCAAAAGGACUCUCGUUCUCUAAGAAAGUGGUUAGGAAAUAGAGUUUCAGAGAAGAAAUGGAAGUCAAUGGUAAAGCAUGCUGAAGAAUAUGUUCCUAUCACCAACGCCUUCGUCCCCACUUUUGAUCCACUCACCAGCUUUCAGCAGCAAAAUUUGGUGGAAAAUGAAGCCAUGGGAGGUGUAGAAGAAGUUAGCAACCAAAACAACAUUGGCGAUGGGUUCCAAGAUCAUACAUCAUUAUCGGCUGAUGUUAUUCAAGAUCAUUUUUAUCGAAUAUUUCAAGAUUACCCAAUACAAACAUUGUUGUCACAAGGAGAAGCUUCAACCUCAAAUGGCCUAUAUAAUUAUGUUGAUCAACUUAGUACAAGUACAUGCAACCAAUCCUUUCAAGGAGCUGCCUUCAAUAAAUUGGUGCCUAAAUCUAAAUGAUCCAAAUUAUUUGAUCUAGGAGCUCUCAAAAGAAAAAAGAAAAAAAAAA